UUACUUACUAACUCAAUUAAUAUUAUAUCCUUAUAGCAUCACAUGACAGACGUGGUCGUGGCCCGACACGCGGCAUACAGGCCCAUCGCAUUGUCAAGAAGGAUGGGAAGAUGUUAGUUCCUAUACCUGAACAGUUUCGUGCACCAGUAGGAGACAACUAGCUAAUGUGAAUAAUAGGAUGCAAAUGAAAACAAAACAUCGAUGUGGAUCAAAAUCAAUCCUGGUCAAGGUACACAGCUCGAUAAUUGCAAAUGGCAAAGUCCAUCCACUACAAUUCGGACACGCAUGAAUGGAUUUCAUCGGAGAGCCAAGUUAAUUAUGACAACAUGAUACAGAUGCAAGAAGAACACCUCUCGCAGACUAGUGCGAUCCCCUUGACCCCAGAGGAGUUGUCAGUCAAGGUGCUUCAGCCAAGGCCAGGUUAUGUGAAAGGACUCGGCAUGAGGCCUUCUUCUUCUGUGAAUACAACUGUUGCACCUGCUGAAAAUAAUGACUAUGUUCAACGCCUCGAGCUGCAAAUAGCACAACAAAAUGAACAAAUUGCAAGGUUUGAAAAGUCAGAGAAGAAACAAAGCAAGAAGAUACAAAGUAUCAUUGAGUGUUUGAGGCAGAAAGGUAUCAUGGGAAAUUUUGAGAGUGGGGAAAGUUCAGAUUCUGAUGGACAAGCUUCUUGAUUCGAGAUUUGAUAUGGACAUGCUUGGUAAUUUGGAGGGUAGAUGGUAGCUCAUUUUGUGUUUUUGUCCAUUUUACCUUACAUGUAUUUUGGUUGCGUUGUAAAUUUUCUAUUUUUGUUGGUAUUACAGGGCAUGUUGGGUAAUCUGCCUUUGAUAUUUUAUUUUUCUUGAUAUUAGU